CCACAGAAGAACCAAAACUCAAAACCUUUCUCUAUCUCUCUCUCUCUCUGUCUAUUUCUUGCUCUCUUCCCAAACCCUAAUUUUCAGGUCCAGACCUGAAAAAGCCUGGGCUCGCAUUCAAGGCAACCUUCCUUUAAUGGCGUCCCUCCAAUGCAAGCUGGCUAUCAAUCUCCACAGUCCUUUCCACUGUUGCUUACAAAUCCUGACCUAAUAACCACAAAGCCCUCUGUCACCCUUCAUUGAAUUCAAACACCCACCAAAGAAAUCCCCAAAGAAUUUUGAUUUUUCUUUCUUCUUUCGUAUCUGAUUCUCCGAGCUCAAAAGUCCGUAGCUUGUUUGAUUCCGAGUUUCUCACAGCUAUAAAACGGCGACGUAUUCCGCCUCCUCCUUUCUUCACUUAGUUGUAAGAUGUUAGAGGUUGGUUUGGUUAGUACUUUCGCGCGUGACUCAGACAGCUCAAUGAGCAGCGACACCUGUAGCAGCUUCAGCCGCCUCUCCUUCGACGCCACCGCCUCGUCCGACUUCUUCGGCACCGAGAAUCUCGCCAUCAAGCCGCACCGCUCCUCCGACUUCGCCUACUCCGUCAUUCGCGCCAAGAAAUCCUCCCUCACCUACCGCGACUUCCGCCUCCACCGCCGUAUCGGCUCCGGCGACAUCGGCACCGUCUACCUCUGCAGCCUCCGCAGCCCUGACUCCGACUCGUCAUCUUUAUCAUGCUUUUACGCCAUGAAAGUCGUCGACAAGGAGGCGCUGGCUCUCAAGAAGAAGGAGCCCAGAGCCGAGAUGGAGCGCAAGAUCCUCAAAAUGCUUGACCAUCCUUUCCUCCCCACUCUCUACGCCGAGUUUGAAGCCUCGCAUUUCUCCUGCAUCGUCAUGGAGUACUGUUCCGGCGGCGACCUCCACUCCCUCCGCCAUAAACAGCCCAACCGCCGCUUCUCUCUCACCUCUGCAAGGUUCUAUGCUGCUGAGGUCCUGGUGGCUUUGGAGUACCUCCACAUGUUGGGUGUCAUCUACAGAGACUUGAAGCCGGAGAACGUGCUCGUCAGAUCCGACGGUCACAUCAUGCUCUCCGACUUCGACCUUUCUCUCUGCUCCGACGCAAUCCCCGCCGUUGAGUCACCCGACUCCUCUCCAUUUCCAGACUCCAUCUCAACAACUCCAUCCUACACCCGCCCGCACCCGAGCAGUUUUCUCACUCCCUUCUCCUGCCUCUCGAACCGCCUCUUCCGGUCGAGGAAGGUCCAGACUUUAUCCCCGAACCGCCUCUUCGUGGCCGAACCGGUCGCCGCGCGGUCGUGUUCGUUUGUUGGGACGCAUGAAUACGUGGCGCCGGAGGUGGCCUCCGGUAGGUCCCACGGAAACGCCGUUGACUGGUGGGCGUUUGGGAUCUUCCUCUACGAGAUGAUCUACGGACGGACGCCGUUUGCGGCUCCAUCGAAUGAGAUCACACUGCGAAACAUUGUGAAAAGCUCCUUAACGUUUCCGACGGCCACGCCCUCUAGCGCGGUUGAGGGACACGCGCGGGAUUUGAUAUCCGGGUUGCUGGAUAAGGACCCGGAGAGGCGGCUCGGGUCGAAGCGCGGGGCCGCUGACGUCAAGAAGCAUCCUUUCUUCAAGGGGAUCAACUUGGCGUUGAUACGGUCACUGAGGCCACCGAUGAUCCCGGGUCUGAGGAGGCAGCAAACGACGCCGUAUUUCCACGCCAAGUCUGAUCAGAAUAAAAAUGACGGGCAGUCCGGCGCGUUUGAUUACUUUUGAGGACCAACGGCGGGAUGUGCGCCACGUGUUGGGACGGUGGUGCCAGAUUUUGUCACUGGCGGGGUGACGGCGACAGUUGUGUAUAUUCUCGGGAGCUGUCUCCGUUUUGAUUUCUUAGCUAAUAUUUAGGUAAAUAUACGAGAGAAAAUGAGAAGGAAAAAAAAGAGAGGUACGAGUUUCAAAACCAGCAACCGAUGAACAUGGGAUUACAGUUUAGUAACAUGGUAAUUUGACUACUGUUUUAACCCCAAUAACAUUUUUAUCUUGUAUGGAAGGUUUAGGAAAAGGUUAGAUGGUUGGUCUUUGUUCUAUGUGAAUUCAAAGGUCAAUCUUUUAUGCUUUUUAUUUUAUUUUUGAGUAAUUUGGAAAUGUGGUAUAUACCAAUAUUAUGGUUC